UGGUAUAUAGUUUCAUUAUCGACGUACUACGCAAGACCGUCGUAUACCACGGACGUUAUGUCAGGGUCACAAAAUGAGGGACCCAGUCAUGGUGUAUGGCGCUUACCACUUCUUUCCGGAAUGAGAGAACGAAAAUUGCGGCGAAAUCGACUAGAACAAGAGAACAGCGAUUUGAACAAUGAAAUUCAGCGACUUCGGGACGAAGGAAACGAGAUGAGCGAUUUAAUUCAAGAACUCCGAGAACAUCUUGCUGCCCAGUGCCAUGAAAUUCACCAACUUGAAAAAGAUAAGAAUGAGAUAAAUAAUGAAAUUCGGCGACUUCGAGAAGAUGCUAAGUCUCGCUACCACAUAGAAGAAACAUCUGUGGCAUUUUCAACUAACGAUGUUCUCGGAAAAGGCGCUUAUGGUGCUGUUUUCAAGGGAUAUUUUUAUGGAUCCAAAGUAGCAGUUAAAGAAUACCACGAAGUUAUUACAUCUGAUUAUAACUUGCAAAUUCUUCAACGUGAAGUAUAUAUCGCAUCGCAAUGUCGUCAUCCGAAUUUACUACAGUUUAUAUGCGCGUCGAGGAAUGAUCAAAAUCGUUUGUUAAUCGUGACAGAAAUGAUGGAUACGACUUUACGUGCGUAUAUUGAGGGACGUGCAAGAGAUGGUUCGUGCCUAGAGAACGAGGAGCUUAAAUUAAUCUCCUUAGACGUGGCCUGCGGUCUCAACUACCUUCAUUCAAUGAAACCAAACCCGAUAAUCCACCGUGAUAUCAGCAGUGCCAACGUAUUGUUAUGGAUCGAUAAUUGUUCACCAAGAAGAGCGAAGAUAUCAGAUUAUGGUUCAGCUAACUUCAUAGAUAUGUGCAACACGUCAAAUCCAGGAGCGGUCCUUUACGCCGCACCUGAAGCAAGCCAGGCGUCACAAGACCCAAAGGUAACAAAAAUAGAACUAAAUUAA